CUGGCACCAAAAAACGCCUGCUUUCGAUGCGCAUGCGUGCAACCGCUGUGCACGUGAUUAACACACGACAGACGCGUGCUCUACCCACAAAACUGCGUGCUCGCCCCUCCAUUUUGUCACCGCCGACGUUCUCGCCGCCGUCUCUCCGCCGCUCAAAACUCAGCCUUCUGUACGGUGUCAGCCAGCCUCCUCGACCGGAACGAACGCCACCGUCCUCCGCCGUAACAACUAUCAUCUGCAGUUUCUCUCUCCAAGGAACUACCGCCGUCACACACGAAAGAAAUGGCCGACUUCUUAGACCGUUCUCUCGACGACAUCAUCCAGGCCAAGCGAAGCCGGGGUCGUGGCGGGAGGGGCAGGGGCCGCGGCCGCGGGCGAGGGACCAGGGGAAGGAGCGGAGGUCCCUUCAGGAGACCUCGAGGCUCCACGCGCGGCGGCGCUACCUCUUUUCAACGAGUUGGUGGCUAAUGUAGUGCAGUGGUGUUUGUUCGUUUCCUUCUCUUUCUCAUGUCCGUGAGGCGGGCGGUGGCUCUUUGCAGCUGCCCAGCCUUUCUUCUCUUUUUGCUGUGUAUCUCACUGAGUGGGCCUGUCAAUCUAGCUGUCUCUGUGCGUGGCACACUAGUCAAAUCUGUUCCUCGUGGUGCUCAUGUGUAGUACCGAUUGGAACCCCCUACCCUAAAGUAAAGUGGGUUUGGAAGAGCCAAAUCUCCAGCCCUUCGUUUGUCAGAGUGUCAUCUCCCUGGUUCAAGAGAAAAGUGCACCGAAAUUGAAAGUAGGAAAAGUUACACCUCUAAGAGUGUAAAUGGACUCAAAAUUCCUGCCUGCAUUCCCGAGAUUCUCACACCCACAAUGAUGAUGAGUACCAGGGUCUCAGCCGUAGAGCAUGGGCAAUACCUGGAGAGCAGUCUAGCCUCCUGUGUGCGCGACGUGCCAGCCUCGAUUUGUUACACACAUGUGGCAGUCAACCACUAUCAUCACCACUGCUACUACCACAUGCACCCCAAAGCAGCUCUGUGUCCUUCCCCCUGUCUCUUUACGUGUGGGUGCCCCCGUUCUGUUCCUCCCCGACAGCCGCGGAAUAUUCCAGAGAAGUGGGAUCACGAUAUGUACGAAGGAGAUUUCGAGUCGGGUGGUUCUGGUGGUGCCGGUGCAGUUGGUCGCUUUGCCUCGUCCAAGCUUUUGAUUUCCAACCUUGACUACGGCGUCUCCAAUGCUGACAUAAAGGAGCUGUUCUCUGAGUUUGGGAAGCUGAUCAAGGCUGAGGUCCACUAUGACAAGAGUGGUCGCUCCCUCGGCACGGCCACUGUCAUCUACCAGCGAAGGCCAGACGCCCUCAAGGCCAUCAAGCAGUACAACGGUGUCCCUCUUGACGGUCGUCCAAUGACGGUACAGUUUAUGACAUCAGGAGCGGGAGUGGGCGAUGUUGGAGGAGGAGGAGGAGGAGGAGGAGGUGGUGGUGGUGGUGGAGGAGGUGCUGAGAACGGUGUCUCUGUCAAGCAAAGGGUGGGCACUAGAUCAUGGAGGAGUAGAGGGAGCACUCCACGAGGCUCCAGGGGUGGGCGUGGUCUCGGUCUCGGAGGAGGGACCGGACGUGGAAGGGGGAGGGGCAGGGGUCGCGGAGGUCGCAACAAGUCUCCCGCUCCCACUGCUGAUGCACUAGAUGCCGAACUGGAUGCCUGGAAACAGUGUGCGCUAAUUGGAGAUUUUGGUCGCAUGUGGUCCUCUCAUCCUACGAUGGCUCUUCGUUUGUGUAGAACCUGCAGGCGUGUAUCACGGACCAGAUCAGUUCUCGCGGAGCAGCGACGGGGUUUCUUUCGUGUUUCUUCGGCCGUUCUCUCCUCACAGCCUCUCCCCGUACCUGAACCGGACGGCUCGGCCAAGACCUACCCGGACAAGAUCCACACCAUUGUGGACCACAUCUCCCAGCUAACACUCCUGGAGACUGCACAGUUGAACGAACUUUUGAAGAGCAAACUGAAUAUCCCUGAUGCCCCAAUGAUGCCAGUUGGAUUUGCUGGAGCUCCUCCUACUCAAGAGUCUCAGGGUAGUGCAGAAGCAGUCGAAGAGAAGACAGAGUUUACAGUGAAACUGGUCAAGUACUCAGAGGACUCCAAAAUCAAGCUGAUCAAGGAGGUCAAGACGUUGGUGGAGGGAAUGAACCUUGUCCAGGCCAAGAAGUUUGUGGAGGGAGUGCCGCAGGUGGUACAGGCUGAUGUGAAGAAAGAGGAAGCUGAGAGACUGAAGACAGCACUAGAAGCAGUAGGAGGAGUAGUGGAAGUCGAGUGACUAAUCCACUCUUUCCUCGUCAGUGUUUCAUCAUCAUGUCUUGUGUAUAAUGCAUCAGUGAAUGUUGCUCAGGGUGAACCAGC